AUGUUGCAUCGCUCGGGUUCAGAUCGUACUGUGGGCCAUAAUUGGGUCUACCGCUUCAUCAAAAGACUACCAUCCAAACUACAGUACAAGCCCCAAUAUGGCCGCGAAUACGGCCGUCAAAAAAUCAAAGAAAAAUCCCGGCUUGAUAGUGAGGAUAUUGGACGACUCACGCUUUGGUUUCGCAAUUUCUCAGAGAUGCUUGCUACGCAGAAUAUCCAACCAAAUGAGAUAUUCAAUUGGGACGAAACUGGUUACCAAAUUGGCCAAGGCGAGGCCCAAAACGGCAUCCUUUCUGGCUCUACAAACCCUACAAUCGGCAACGAGAGUACCAGCGAGUUUAUUACCGGUAUUGAAUGCAUUUCUGCCGAUGGUUGGGCGAUGCUCCCGUGGUUUUUGGUGAAAGAGACUCAGCAUACCUCAAUCCAGAUCCCGAAUUUUCGCAUUCAAACUACACCAACUGGCUGGGUAAACGAUGAAACUGCGUUGGAGUGGCUCCGCUCAUUUAAUGAAGCUACAAAAACUCGCGUACGCUCUGGCCGACCGAGAGUUUUGAUGAUGGACAAUCGUCCAUCCCACAUCAGCCUCGAAUUUAUGGAGUUUUGCAAGGCCAAUUUCAUUCUUCCAAUCUGGUUUAUUCCACAUACUGCGCCAAUCUGCCAGCCCCUCGAUGGCCAGCCUUUCCAAUACCUAACGCAUUAUCUGCGUACGGCCAAUAAUGAGGCUGUUAUGUGGGAUGGAACUGCCAGUCAAAAACGAGACUUUUUCCGGAUUAUUGGGGAUAUACGAUCGAAGGUCUUUACGCAAAGGACUAUACGAUCGGCCUUUAAAUCUUGCGGAAUUUGGCCUCUUAAUUCAGAGAUUAUUCUCGAGCCUUUACGGGCGCAAGUAAUUCAGGAUGCCGGUGUACCACCUAUUAACGAUACUCCCUCAAUCCCCCGUGAAUUCCCAAGCCCAGCAACAAACCUCCCCCUGGCCACCUCCCCCUCGGAUAAUUCCAGGUCGGACAACUUCCUCUUGGACAACUCCCUUUCGGAGAACUUCCUCUCGGACAACUCACCUCCGGAUACAAUUGAGCGAGUGAGCAGGUUAAAUGCGGAUCUUCUGAAAGAAAUAGAGAGUAUGAAGGCGCAAAAUCAAGAAAUGCAGCGCUGUAUGCAGCGGAGUAUGGAUGCAAAUGCCCUUUUAGCACAACGGCUGGAGCUAUUCGAGUCGGCUUUGAAGGAGUUUCAGUCCGCCGCAACUACCUCAAAUGCCGCUAACUGA